AUGGUGUUUGUGUACCCAGCUGACAAAGACUCAGUGGUGAGGGUAACUAAGGAGGACUACACCAAUUGCAACUCAGCAACACCACUUGAUAAAUUUACUGAUGGCCACAGUGUGUUCAAGUUCGACCAAUCUGGGCCUUACUAUUUCAUAAGUGGAGUUAAAGAGAACUGUCUUAAGAAUGAAAAGUUGGUGGUGGUUGUGAUGGCAGAUAGAAACAACCGAUCAAGCACAGAGGUUCCUCCAUCUACAGCACCGGCAGGAGAGGAGGCUCCUUCGCCGCCUUCAGGAUCGGUGGAGAUAAACCCAUCUCCAUCUCCUUUUGGUGAGACACCUCCUCCUCCUCCUCCUCCUCCAAGUGUGUUUGUGUACCCAGCUGACAAAGACUCAGUGGUGAGGGUAACUAAGGAGGACUACACCAAUUGCAACUCAGCAACACCACUUGAUAAAUUUACUGAUGGCCACAGUGUGUUCAAGUUCGACCAAUCUGGGCCUUACUAUUUCAUAAGUGGAGUUAAAGAGAACUGUCUUAAGAAUGAAAAGUUGGUGGUGGUUGUGAUGGCAGAUAGAAACAACCGAUCAAGCACAGAGGUUCCUCCAUCUACAGCACCGGCAGGAGAGGAGGCUCCUUCGCCGCCUUCAGGAUCGGUGGAGAUAAACCCAUCUCCAUCUCCUUUUGGUGAGACACCUCCUCCUCCUCCUCCUCCUCCUCCAAGUGGUGCUACUUCAAUUUACAUGGGGGUUAUUGGCUGUGUUGGAACUUUCAUUUCUUCCCUUGCUCUGGUUCUCUAA